CUGAUUGGAAUUGUCCAGAAGGAAAUUUUAAUUGAAAAUUUUCAUAUAUAUUUUUUACUAGGGCGUUUUCGUAAGAUAUCAAAGGUCGACAGACUACUUAUGUGCUGGUGGAUAUUCACUGGCCUAACCCACAUUAUCCUCGAGGGCUACUUUGCUUUCUCUCCCGAAUUUUACAAAGAGAAGACCCCACAUUACCUUGCUGAAGUUUGGAAAGAAUAUAGCAAAGGCGACUCUCGCUAUGCGGGACGAGAUUCUGGUGUGGUCGCUGUUGAAGGAAUUACUGCUGCCAUCGAGGGCCCCGCUUGUCUCCUUGCAGUGUAUGCUAUAGCAAUGAGAAAGUCUUACAGCUAUACACUUCAAAUAGCAAUCUCUCUAGGCCAGCUUUACGGGACUGCUGUUUACUUCAUUACGGCUAUACUGGAGGGGGAUAAUUUUGCCACGAACGAGUUUUAUUAUUACGCUUAUUACGUCAUGGCCAAUAUAUGGUGGGUUAUAAUCCCCACCACCAUUGUUGUUCAUAGCUGGAAGAAGAUAUGCGAAGCAUUCGAGUUACAUGAACAGAAAAAGAACAAAACUCAUUGA